AUGAGUACAUUACGGGCGUUAGUGUUUGCAGCUGCCCUUCUUGUACUGUCGGUACUCUUUGCCAUUCUUGCCUGUACUGUUGUAGUGGACCGCAAUGCCCGGCCGCUGCUGCCGCUGAUGUUUUCACUUCUCACACCACUCCCAUUGGUGUUGUGCGGCCGCUCACACGGGAGUUUUGUUGAGGAGAGUCUUCUGGACGUUGUUGGGCUUUUCCUCGGCGGGGCUCUCGCGGUGGCGGGACCGGCUCUCAGCUGUGUAUUGUACCACACCGGCAGUAUUGUGUUUGGGGCGUUUAUUUUGUCCAUCGCCUCCGAGGCGUUUCUCGCAGCGACGGCAUGUGUACUUGUGUUUGCCUCGCCCUCUGAAUCCAGCGAUGAAUAUGAUCUUUAA